GAGCAGAAGUGAAAGUCUUUUUCAGGGCGUCAAGGCUUCCUGCAAUUUCCCAAUCUCUCCCAAAUUUCCUCUUCUUCAAAGCGGACACGCGGGUGAGGUGGGAGGGGCGGGGCGGGCAGGAACUGCGGGGGGCGGGGGCGGGGAGGAAGCAUUAUUUCAGCAGAAGGACUUUCCGCUCUUUCUUGACUCUGCCGGCGUCGACCCCUGGGGAGCAUGUGGAAUUGCUCGUCCUGGGUAUAGAAGCAUCCUCCAGCUUUUCUCCUCUGGGUCCACGACGCCCCCAUGUCCCCAACCCCGCUCAGGAGCGGCCUCUGUCGCCUCUGCGCCUACUUGGAAGAACUGGAGGCCUGGGAGCUGAAGAAGUUCAAGUUAUACCUGGGGAUGGCGACGGAGAUGGGGGAGGGCAAGAUCCCCUGGGGGCGUAUGGAGCCGGCCGGUCCCCUGGAAAUGGCCCAGCUGCUGGCGGCCCAUUGCGGCCUCCGGCAGGCCUGGGUGUUGGCUCUCAGCGUCUUUGAGCGGAUCAACAGGAAGGACCUGUGGGAGAGAGGCCGGAGAGAGGACCUGGUGAGGGAUACUCCACCUGGUGGCCUGCCCUCACUGGGGAACGCGUCAGCAUAUUCUCUGGACGUCUUUCCUGCAACUCCAAGAAAAGAUCCCCGGGAAACCUACAGGGACUAUGUCCGCAGAAAAUUCCGGCUGAUGGAAGACCGCAACGCGCGCCUGGGGGAGUGUGUCAACCUCAGCCACCGGUACACGCGGCUCCUCCUGGCGAAGGAACACUCAAAUCCCAUGAGGGCCCAGCAGAAGCUUUUGGACACAGGCUGGAGAUACGCGGGAACCACUGGCCACCCGGCCAGCCUCAUUCAGAUAGAGACUCUCUUCGAGCCAGAUGAGGAGCGCCCGGAGGCGCCGCGCACCGUGGUCCUGCAGGGGGCGGCGGGGAUGGGCAAAUCCAUGCUGGUCCACAAAGUGAUGCUGGACUGGGCCGAUGGGAAGCUCUUCCAAGACAGGUUUGAUUACGUCUUCUACAUCAACUGCAGGGAGAUGAACAGGAGCACCUCGGAGCGGAGCGCGCAGGACCUCAUCACCAGUUGCUGGCCUGAGCCCAGCGUCCCCCUCCAGGAGCUCCUCCGGGUUCCGGAGCGCCUCCUCUUCAUCAUCGACGGCUUUGACGAGCUCAAGCCCUCUUUUCACGACCCGCAGGGCCCCUGCUGCCUCUGCUGGGAGAAGAAACGGCCCACGGAGGUCCUCCUCAGCAGCCUGAUUCGGAAGAAGCUGCUGCCCGAGCUAUCUCUGCUCAUCACCACCAGGCCCACGGCUUUGGAGAAGCUGCACCGCUUGCUCGAGCACCCCAGGCACGUGGAGAUCCUGGGCUUCUCCGAGGCCGAAAGAAAGGAGUACUUCUACAAGUAUUUCCACAACGAGGAGCAGGCCGGCCAAGUCUUCAAUUUCGUGAGGGACGACGAGCCGCUCUUCACUCUGUGUUUUGUCCCUAUGGUGUGCUGGGUGGUUUGCACCUGCCUCAAGCAGCAGCUGGAGGGUGGGGGGCUUUUAAGACAGAGGUCCAGGACCACGACAGCCGUGUACAUGCUCUACCUUCUGAGUCUGAUGCAACCCAAGCCAGGGACCCCAACCCUCCAGUCCCCGCCCAACCAGAGGGGGCUGUGCUCUUUGGCGGCGGAUGGCCUCUGGAAUCAGAAAAUCCUGUUUGAGGAGCAGGACCUCCGGAAGCACGGCCUAGACGCGGCGGAUGUCUCGUCCUUCCUCAACAUGAACAUCUUCCAGAAGGACAUCAACUGUGAGAAGUUCUACAGCUUCAUCCACCUGAGUUUCCAAGAAUUCUUCGCGGCCAUGUCCUAUAUCCUGGAUGAUGGAGAGAGCCGGUCCGGCCCCGAGCAGAACGUCACCAGGCUGUUGGAUGAGUACGCGUUUUCGGAAAGGAGCUUCUUAGCCCUCACGGUCCGUUUCCUGUUUGGACUCCUGAAUGAGGAGACGAGAAGCUACCUGGAGAAGACUCUCGGCUGGAAGGUCUCGCCGCACAUCAAGAUGGAACUGCUGGACUGGAUCCACAGCAAAGCUCGGAGCGAGGGGUCGACCCUGAAGCAGGGCUCUCUGGAGUUCUUCAGCUGUCUGUACGAGCUCCAGGAGGAGGAGUUCAUCCAGCAAGCCCUGAGCCACUUCCAGGUGAUCGUGGUCAGCAACAUCACCACCAAGAUGGAACACAUGGUUUCCUCCUUCUGUGUGAGGAGCUGCCGGAACGCCGUGGUGCUGCAGCUGUACGGGGCUGCCUACAACGCGGAAGCAGAAGACGAGAUGAGAGACUCUCAGACGCCACCGGUGCCGUUACCUGAGAGAAAAGUUUUGCCGGAUGCCUACAGCGAACAUCUGGCCGCUGCCCUGAGCACAAAUCCUAACCUGGUAGAGCUGGCUUUGCAUAGCAAUGCCCUGGGCAGCCGGGGGCUGGAGCUGCUGUGUCAAGGACUCAGACACCCCAGCUGCAAACUUCAGAACCUCAGGUUGAAGAGGUGCCGCAUUUCCAGCUCUGCCUGCCAGGACCUUGCCACUGCUCUGAUAGCCAAUAAGUAUCUACUAAGAAUGGACUUGAGCGGCAAUGGCCUUGGGCUGCCGGGCAUGAAACUGCUUUGCAAGGGGCUCCGGCAUCCCAAGUGCAGGCUACAGAUGGUGCAGUUGAGGAAGUGUCAGCUGGAGGCUGGAGCUUGCCAGGAGAUCGCCUCUGUGCUCAGCACCAGUCGACACCUGGUAGAGUUGGACCUGACGGGAAAUGCCCUGGAGGAUUCCGGUCUGAGGCUCUUGUGUCAAGGUUUGAGGCACCCAGUCUGUCGGCUGCGGAUCUUGUGGUUGAAGAUUUGCCACCUCACUGCUGCUGCCUGCGAAGACCUAGCAUCCACCCUCAGUGUGAACCAGAGCCUGAUGGAGCUGGACCUAAGCCUGAAUGACCUGGGGGACCCCGGGGUGCUGCAGCUGUGUGAGGGCCUCAAGCAUCCCCAGUGCAAACUCCAGACCCUCCGGCUGGGCAUCUGCCGGCUCAGCUCCGCAGCCUGUGAGGGUCUCUCUACGGUGCUCGGGGUCAACCACCACCUCCGGGAGCUGGACCUGAGUUUUAAUGACCUGGGAGACGGUGGCAUGUCCUUGCUGUGUGAGGGGCUGCGACACCCCACCUGCAGGCUCCAGAAACUGUGGCUGGACAGCUGUGGCCUCACAGCCAAAGCUUGUGAGGAUAUCUCCUCCACCCUGGGGGUCAACCAGACUCUGAUGGAGCUUUAUCUGACCAACAACGCCCUGGGGAACACCGGUGUCAGGCUGCUGUGCAAGAGGCUGAGUCAUCCCGGCUGCAAACUUCGAGUCCUCUGGCUAUUUGGAAUGGACCUGAAUAAAAUGACCCACAGAAGUCUGGCGGCCCUUCGCAUAACAAAACCGUACUUGGACAUUGGCUGCUGAAUGGUUCCCGCAGCUGCUUCUUCUCUUGAAGUCAGG